AUGGUAGACUUAAAUAUAAUAAUAGAUUACAUUAGACAGUUAAAAUCAAUACACAAACAACAUUUAUACAAUUCACCAGUAUUGGCAACAUCUAUUAUAAAAAUAUUUGAUGAUUCUACCAUUCGUCUUAUAUACGAUCUUUUACUUACUGCACCAUCAAUCAAAUCACUACAAAAAAAUGAAGAGAUAAAAAAUUCGUUAAAAACUUUACUAAAAAUAUCUUUAAUUUAUAAAAAAGGUACUAAUAUUUUUAUUGAUAACAUUUUUAGAAAUGCAUUUCUUACAGGAAUAGAACUUAAUAAUUUGAAUGAAUACUAUGAAAUAUUAGAACCUAUAAAAUGUACGGUAAGUAAAAAUACAAAAUUUGAAGAAAUACUAAAAUUUCUUGUUACUAAAAAUAAUGUUAAUCACGCACCUGGUGUAGUAAAUGUACUAAAGUUUAGUAAUCUAAUAGAUAAUAAUUAUGAUAUAACAAAUAAAGGCUUUGAAUUCUUACUAAAGCCAAGAUAUGACCAAUACUGGUUUUUAAUUAUUGCUGCAUUAAAAUUUUAUUGUGUAGACGAAAUACUACAAAUAUCAAAUUUUAUGAGUAUUAUGGAGCUAUCAAAUAUGUUACCGAUUUACAAAUACAAACUAAAAAAAGAUGUAAACAAAAAAUUUUAUGAUUUUUUAAGUUAUUUAGGAUUAAUUAAAUUGGAAAAUGAUAUAUUGACAAUAUAUCACAAUUUGUUUGUUAAAAGUGAUACUAAAAAAUUAAGAUUUAUUUUAUUAGAAACAAAUUUUAAGUUGUAUGCAUAUACAUCAUCUGUGUAUGAAAUGUCUAUUAUCCAAUUAUUUUCUAAUAUUUAUUUAAAAAUGCCAAAUUUAAUUAAAGCUAGUAUAACUGAAGAGAGUUUAUCUAAUGCAUUUUCUAAAGGUGUUACAAGUCAACAGAUUAUAAAUUUCUUAAAAUCUUAUUCUCUUUUUGAAGACAUUCCUGUAGCAAUAAUUAGUCAAAUUAUUAUAUGGGAGACAAAACGUAAGCGUAUAAAAAUAUUCCCUGGAUAUUUAUAUUCCAAUUUCUUAAAUUUAAUAGAUUAUCAAAAAGUAGUAAAAUUCUGUUUAUCCAACGAUUGUAUUAUUGAGAAAGAUGAUGAAAAAAGAAUGAUUGUAAUUAAACCUGAUUACAAUGAAGUAGUAAAAAAGUUUGUUAAGCAGCAAAUUAAUAAAUAA